CUUCACUCUGCGACAGCGAGCAUCGAGAAGGAAACACCCGAGGAGACACACAACCUUUCUGUCUGUGUACAACCCGUAGCAGCUAACCAGGGAAAUAAACCCUUAAAAUCAGCAUAAUGUAAGGUUUAAAUGUUUGCAUAUAAAAACGCCAUGAUCGCACCGGAAGCAGACGACGUUAUAUGCAGUUUGGUACAAGAUGAGCAGCAGCAGCAGUAAACGAGAGAGGGAGCAGAGGAGGAAGCUGCAGCACUUUCUGAAUGACCUGGCCUUACUCGGGUCUUUACAGGGAUUUAAAUACUUCCAGCCUUGGCUCAGAGGGAAAGAGGAGCUGCUGCUGACCGUCGUUAACGAGGAUCUGGGUUUUCGCUCUCCAGGCUUCGUGGUCUCCAGAGCCUCCUCCCUCUCCUCCAUCAGCAGCUGUAACAGCAGCGAUGUCUCCCCCAGCAGCAGCUCCCCCAGCCUGGGCAGCCGAGGCAGCUCUCCCCUGCCUGGAGAGGAGCCUCCGGGCCCCCGAGAGCCUCCGCCACACACACACACCAAGACGCAGCCACAGACUGUCAGGGAGCCUUGCGGUGAGGAGCAUCUCCUCCCAGCCUCCCCCAGUGAGAGAGAGAUAGCGGUUCCUGAGGUGAACUGCACUCUGUUCCUACUGGCCGGCUACGUCAAGUACGGACGGCCCUACGCCUGGAUCCGCUCCAAUCACGAGCGCCUGGUCAACAUCGGGGGCACCGACUCCAUGGUCAAAGACACGCCCAUGAAACUCAAGUCCAUCUCAGACUGGCAGACGCGAGGUAUUCGCGUGUGGGAUGUCAUCAGUGAGCUUGUGUGUCUGUGCACCGUCCCCUCUCCCUCCAACCCCUUCGCUCUGGACAUGCGCUACAUCCAAAACCUUCCCUUCCCCGACCGCUUCCUGGUCACAGGCGCUCUGCUUAACUUCCUGGAUACGUAUGUGGUUUACGGUAACCGGGACGAGUUGCACUAUGACAAAGUGGUGGAAGAGGUGAAGCCUUUGAGGCGUCUUCACGUCCAAUCCCUGCUGGAGUUACAGCGACAAAGGGCGGGUUCUUCUGGAGAGGAGUGACUUUAGUCUUAAGUGAGAUAUCAUUGGUGCACUUUAACUGACUUAUAGUAGAGACAAAUACAGCAUAUAGGGUUUAAAUGUGUGAAAUCUCUUCAAAAGGGUCUGUAUUUAAGUCAUUUUUUGUGUGUUUGUCUACUUUCUUUCAAGGCUACACACUCCAGUUGUAUCUGUGCUCAGUUAGAAGGUAGUCACAUGUAUUUUGGAGGUAAAAUAACCCUGGGAAUUGUGUCACAUGACUGAGAUUAAACAUCCCAGGACCUCUCUUGAUAUCUUGCCCCGCCACCCCCAAACCCUUCAACCCUGCUCUCCCAGGCCAAAUAUAACAUUUUCAAAGCGGAGCAAAACAGACAUAUUUAUCAGGGUCCAAGCUGCAGAAGUUAAAACUGGUUAAACAUUCAUCACAGCUGUAUGAAAACAAACAUGUACAGACAAACAAGUGUUGUAUAAAAAGUUUUAAUAUUCCAUAAAAUACAUAUUUAAUUAAAUAUGUACAAUGACAUAAAAACAGUACACUGAUAAAAAUACGCCUUGAAACAGGCACUUUAACCCCUUUUGUGAGAUGGGGGGGGGUUGCACGUUUUGUAAAUAAAAAGAUACAUCACAAGUACAAAAUGUUAAAAUAACCCGAUUAAAACUUUGUGGCACAUCAGUCAAAAACACUUAGCUUAGUUUUGGUCA